UGUACAGUAUCUUUUCCUUUCCUGUAGGCUGGUGUGCCAUGAUGCACAAUUUCAUCAGACAUGCUGUCGCCUAAGAAGCCAAUAGCCCCCCCAGAAAGACAAUGUAGGACAACCAACCGCAUGUUGGGCUCACUGGAGUCUGGCAUUUCGACAAAUCACUGCUUCAGCCUGAUCCCAACCCCUGUAUCGAGGGCGUACAGCUAAGGGUGUGAUUUGCCCUGCUAGCUUGUCAGGGGCACUCUUGGAGGCGCCCAAUCCAUGAUGAGGGCGUCAGUUGUCACACCGCCCUCUUCGCCCUCCUAGCGCCUCUCAAUCUCAGCUGUUUCGAACUCCUCCUCCAGGAACGUCGAGAGUCGUUCUUUAUCACCUUCAAACCUCAACCUCCAGCGUUCAGCAGUAACUGGAAUCACGCAAGAGAUACAGAGAAAAGUACAAUCUAUCUGAAGCACAGAACAAUGUCCUCGAUCCCUGACGACUCUUGGGAAUAUUUCCUGCGCAAUGACUCCUUUACGGAUUUCCCAACCACCAGCGCCGGCAACAGCAAUACCGGCAGCGACUCAGUCGACCCUUUCGCAGGGUUCGAAGAUAUCGACUUCAAUACUGCCAGCGACCUUUCGAACAUCAACAGCUUCGUCGAUGUCUCCUCAGCUCUCAUGGGGAGCAACGGAGGCUACCCAAUCUACCCAGACUAUGGGAACAACACCAUCAAUCAAGCAUUCAUCGAAGGGUACGGAGGCUAUCCAAACUUCGACAUUGGAUAUGCAAACACCGGAAAUUUCGACCUCGGUCAAUUCUACGGUACGCAAAUCUGGAACACAAUUCCUUCAAUGGCACAGUCCUCGAUGCACCGUUCUCAAUGCAAUGACCUUGGGAUGGGAUCAAUCGCUGGCACAGUCGAGUGGCAGCACAACCUUGACACCCAGCUAGCCCAGGGCGUUCACGAGGCGCACAGCUGCCUUACCAGCCCAGGACUAGUUGCUUUGGAAACUGAGGCUCAUCCUGACCGUCAGCUUGCUGAGCCAAUCGCCGUAAGUUUUUUUUUAGACUGACGCUAGCAGGGCGUCGAUUCUGGGAACCUGCACCCGGGCCCAGUCCUUCAGAACGAAGCACAUUGCCGCCUUCACAAGUGUCAAUGGCCUGACUGUGCUAGAACAUUCGACACCAAAGAUCUCAUCAAUGCACAUGUCGCUGACCACCUGACAAUACUUGGUCGUGAUUGGCCAGGCCCGAUCAAAUGUCAGUGGACAAAGUGUAACUCAAAAGCAGUCUUCCAAUACUGCCAGGUACUGACGGAGCAUAUCAAGAACAAACAUCUUGACCCUCUUGUCUGCACACACCCAGAUUGUUCCUUUCGCGAACCAUUUGGCCGAAAGGCUGACCUCAAUCGUCAUUGGAGAUCUAAGCAUCAGGAUGGACUUGUACACAAAUGCCCUGACAAGGAUUGUGAUGCUGAAUUCACACGCAAAGACAAACUCAAGGACCAUAAACGGACAAAGCACCCUCAGUUCCGGUGUCCAUACUCUCACUGCGGGGCGGAAGGGAUCAAGGCUGACCUAGAGCUCCAUGUCGAAAAUGAGCACCAGGUCAAUCUUGAGUGCGCCCUUGGGUCCUGCUCCACCAGCAGCGCCUCGUGUUUCAAUUUUUGGAGUCUUUCUUCCCAUCUUAGAGUACAUCACCAUGUGUUCUUUUUAGUUGAGGAUCGUGUGACGCAACUUGCUGCCGAUGCAUAUGACAAGACGGUACGACCUGAAAUGUGUGGGGCAUUGAAUAUCAGCUGGGAGCCCUGCAAAUGGUGCGCCAAGCACCAGCACUCUGUCCCUCAGGGUUCCGACGACGCAUGAACCACUCUCGACGACGAAGGAGGAUUUGGACAUCUAAGCUGCUAUGGAUAUCACGUUAGCGGGUUGGGGCCAUGGAUUGGUCUUCUCUCUAUGGCAUAGGAAAGAUCCCUUUCGUGGCGAAGAUAGGAGGGUGUGUGGCUUCUUGUCUACGCCCCUCAACACGCAAUUGUUCAACACACUUGCGAUGAGCACACCGACUACUCGAAAAUGGUGGUUCACGAUGGAGUGCACGGGAUGGGCUGGGCUUCAACAGCCGACUAAAGGGAGGAUAGGUAGUCUGGUUUGAUUUAUUUCAAUUCAGGUUCAGCUUAC